GAAUAGUUAAAAUGUUUGGAAAUUGGAACACUGUUAUGAUGUAGUUCAAUAGCACUCCCAGCUUUAGAGUAAAAAAACAUGAUCAUGCGACUUUGCAGAGACAGCGGAAAAAAACAGAGAAAACUUUGUCAUUUAAGUACCUAGUUUUGUUGAUAAAAAAAAAAAAGUACCCAGUCCUUCCGGAUCCAAAACUUUCAAGCUUGUAUUACAGAUCGGAUCCAAAACUUUCAAACUUCUACCAUUAUUCCUGUCUAAUCGAACGAAAUUCCAAGCCCGUUAAAGGCCCAUUAACCAGCUGGAUACGAAGUUUGGUUCAUAAAUCCUAGGGCUCAAUUUAAUCUGUUUCAUUAAAGAGAGUAUCUUCUUCUUCAUUUUCCUUCUACUGUUAGUUCUAUCGACUUUCAUCAAAUCGUCCGUCUUGUAAGCAAGCUUCACAUCUCCAACUGGUUCGUCCGCCGGUUCUUCUCGACGUCGCGGCGGAACUGUUUCUUCCCGACUGAGAAAAAUGUUCAGCUCGAUGCAGAUACUGCCACUGGAGGCUCCUCCUACGGAUGGGAAGUUAGGUCCACUUCCUCCGUCGCAAUUAACAGAUCAGGAAGUCGAAGAGAGGGAGUUGCAAGCAGAGCAAAAUAAUUCAAAUCUAGCUCCUCCGGCGGCUGUUGCUACUCACACGAGGACUAUCGGAAUCAUUCAUCCACCUCCAGAUAUCAGAACUAUUGUUGAGAAAACGGCUCAGUUUGUCUCCAAAAACGGUUUGGAGUUUGAAAAGAGGAUUAUUGUUAGUAAUGAAAAGAAUGCUAAGUUCAACUUUUUGAAGAGCUCAGAUCCUUAUCAUGCCUUUUACCAGCACAAGCUCACUGAAUACCGUGCUCAGAAUAAAGACGGAGCUCAGGGUACUGAUGAUUCAGAUGGUACUACAGAUCCCCAACUUGAUACUGGAGCUGCUGAUGAGUCUGAAGCUGGUGAUACACAACCCGACCUUCAGGCUCAAUUUAGGAUUCCUUCUAAGCCUUUGGAAGCUCCGGAACCUGAGAAGUAUACAGUUAGACUUCCUGAAGGGAUCACGGGUGAAGAGCUUGAUAUUAUUAAGCUCACAGCACAGUUUGUGGCACGGAAUGGGAAAUCGUUUCUAACGGGAUUGUCGAAUAGAGAGAACAACAAUCCUCAGUUUCAUUUUAUGAAGCCAACACACAGCAUGUUCACUUUUUUUACUUCUCUGGUUGAUGCGUAUUCGGAAGUAUUAAUGCCUCCCAAAGAUUUGAAAGAAAAGCUGAGAAAGAGUGCUGCUGAUUUGACGACUGUUCUUGAGCGUUGUUUGCAUCGUUUGGAAUGGGAUCGUUCCCAGGAGCAGCAGAAGAAGAAAGAAGAGGAUGAGAAAGAGCUUGAGCGAGUGCAGAUGGCUAUGAUUGAUUGGCAUGAUUUUGUGGUUGUUGAGUCGAUAGAUUUUGCGGACGAGGAAGAUGAAGAGUUGCCACCGCCUAUGACACUUGACGAGGUUAUAAGGAGGAGCAAAGCAUCAGCCAUGGAAGAAGAUGAAAUUGUUGAGCCUGGAAAGGAGGUCGAAAUGGAAAUGGACGAAGAAGAAGUUAAGCUUGUUGCAGAAGGAAUGAGAGCAGCAAACCUAGAAGAGAAUGUUAAGAUUGAAAAUGUACAUGAUGAAGAAGCACCUAUGAGAAUUGUUAAGAACUGGAAGAGGCCAGAAGACAGGAUCCCAACAGAGAGAGAUCCAACUAAAGUUGUUAUAUCACCAAUUACUGGAGAGCUGAUUCCCAUUAACGAGAUGUCUGAGCACAUGAGGAUUUCUCUUAUUGAUCCUAAGUUCAAAGAACAGAAGGAUCGGAUGUUUGCUAAGAUUCGUGAGACCACUCUUGCACAAGAUGAUGAGAUUGCUAAAAACAUAGUCGGGUUGGCCCGCCUGCGUCCUGAUAUCUUUGGAACAACCGAAGAAGAAGUCUCAAAUGCUGUAAAAGCAGAGAUUGAGAAGAAGAAAGAUGAGCAGCCCAAGCAAGUGAUAUGGGAUGGUCACACAGGAAGUAUUGGUCGCACAGCAAACCAAGCCUUGAGUCAGAACGCUAAUGGAGAGGAGCAAGGUGAUGGCGUUUACGGAGAUCCCAAUAGCUUCCCUGGUCCAGCUGCUCUUCCACCUCCUCGACCAGGUGUCCCAAUAGUCCGACCAUUGCCACCACCUCCUAAUCUCGCCUUGAACCUCCCUCGUCCUCCCCCUUCUGCUCAGUACCCCGGUGCACCAAGGCCACUAGGUGUUCCGAUGAUGCAGCCCAUGCAUCAACAACACCAGCUCACAAUGCCAGGGCCACCAGGACACCCGCAGAUGAUGAUGAACCGACCACCACAGAUGCAGCCUGGUAUGCAUGUGCCACCUCCACCGGGAUCUCAGUUUGCUCAUCAUAUGCAAAUUCCUAGACCUUAUGGUCAGCUUCCACCAUCUGCAAUGGGGAUGAUGCAACCACCACCUAUGCCUGGGAUGGCUCCUCCUCCACCACCCGAGGAGGCUCCACCACCUCUUCCUGAGGAACCAGAGGCAAAGAGACAAAAGUUCGAUGAGUCAGCCCUUGUUCCAGAAGACCAGUUUCUUGCUCAGCAUCCGGGUCCGGCUACAAUCAGGGUUUCUAAGCCAAACGAGAAUGAUGGACAAUUUAUGGAGAUCACAGUGCAGUCGUUAUCUGAAAACGUGGGAAGUUUGAAGGAGAAAAUAGCUGGGGAGAUUCAAAUCCCAGCAAACAAACAGAAGUUGAGUGGAAAAGCAGGGUUCUUAAAGGACAACAUGUCGCUUGCACAUUACAAUGUCGGAGCAGGAGAAAUCCUAACAUUGUCUUUGAGGGAACGUGGUGGGAGAAAGAGAUAGAGAGACAGCUGGUCUACGCAGGGAAAUGCUUUUUGAUCUCUUAUUCUUCUCUAGAUGUUUAAAUUGAUGGCCAAAACUAUAUGUACUACUCUCUCGUUCACACAUCUUUACUCUUGGCUCAUCAUAUCUCUGCUAUCUAUGGAGUUUUAGAAAAAGUAGAGUGAUUAUUACUGACUUAAGCUUGUUUUGGAUUUGCAGCUGAGGCAACAUUUCGCUCUGUAAUCUUAAAAAAAGAAUGUGAUACUUUCCUUUGUCUCUGUCUUUGUGUGUUCUUACUAUGGUUAAGCUUCUUUUAGUGCAGUUUGGCUUCUCUUCUCUGUAGGUACGAUAUGAGGAUGCUGUUUUCCUUUUUUCCAAGGGCUUAUCGUUGUCACAGGCUUGAUGGUUUCAAGAGAAGGUGUGACAUAAGAAGAUGAGGGAGAUGAUCGGAGACAUGAUUGUGUAUUUUUACGAGAAGGGAAACAAAGACAAGAAAAGAAGACAACACUCAUGACUCUUUUAAGAACUUGUCCUCUCUUUGGGACUAGACAAGCUUCUCUUUCACCCAUUUCUCUCUCUCAGCCCGGUUUAUGUCGGUUUGGUUUUAGUACUAGAGAUGAUGAUGUGUCUCUGCAAGCUGGAACUGCCGACGUGAGAGUUUAUAGUGAAGAAGAGUUGGGUGAGUUAAAAGAACCGCGUGAAAAUUCUCAAGACGCGUUGGCUCGUUCUUAUAUUUUUGUUCCUAUUGCAAAUUCGUUUAUAAUUUGGGAAUUUAUAUAUUUCUGGGAUCUAGAUUUGUUUUGCAUAUAAGUGAUUAAUAUAGGUUUAACUUUAAAGUGUACUGUCAGAGUUUGAAGUAGUCAAGACUUUUUCUUUCUUUGGUUCCAAGUUAAC